GUGGAGGACGUUGCCGAUAAGGAAGCGAAGCUCCAAGCGGUCUUGAAUGAGCGUGUUCAAUUGCUUACAGAGUGCGACCAGAAGCAGGAGAGCCAAAUCAAAGAGAUUGAUGGCAAUGAAAAAAAGAACCAUGAGGAGAUUGAGAUCUUAAAGGCCAAGGUGGCCUCUCUCGUUGAGCACCUUGAAGGACAGGAUGACCCAGCCGACAUGCGGGCGAAGGUCGAUGAUAUCAUGGAGCAGAUUGAAAAGUUGGCGAAACGCGAUGAAACUCAGCAAGCUGAAAUUCAGAACGUUGCUGACAAGGUGGAGGACGUUGCCGAUAAGGAAGCGAAGCUCCAACAAUUGUUGAACGAGCGAGUUCAGUGGUUGACAGACUGCGACCAAAGACAGGAGAGCCAGAUCAAAACGAACGACCAGGAGAUUGAAAUUUUGAAGGCCAAGUUGGAAUCUCUUGUCGAACGCCUCGAUGGUCAGGCUGACCCAGCGGAUGUACAGAUGAGGAUAGAUGACAUCAAUGACCGCAUCGAGAAGCUAGCGAAGCGUGACGAAGUCCAGCAAGGUGAAAUUGGGGAUGUUGCUGACCAAGUUAAGGAUCUUAUCGGCAAGGUCAUGGACGUUGUCGAGAGGGUCAACGAUGUUGCAGAGAAGGAAGCGAAGCUCCAGACGGAAUUAACGGAACAAGUUCAGUUGCUGACAGAGUGCGACCAGAAACAGGAAAGCCAAAUCAAGGAGAUUGAUGGCCAUGAAAAGAAGAACCAUGAGGAGAUUGAGAUCUUGAAGGCCAAGGUGGCCUCUCUCGUUGAGCACCUUGAAGAACAGGAUGACCCAGCCGACAUGCAGGCGAAGAUCGAUGAUAUCAUGGAGCAGAGUUGA